CAAAAUUCGUUGAUGGCAGUGUGGAGAGUCCGACUCCGAUCCAGAGCCUGCCACGAAAAUUGUGUCGGACUGUAAGACGACGGCAGUGAAACUCGCUCGGAGGCCAAACGAUUAUUUUUCUUAAAGUAAUCGUUGUACUCGUUGCUGGGUUCGCUGUGUCAAAGGUGUAUGCCCUUGCAGCUGCGCAGGCUGCGUCUUGCACAAGGCUGGCUGUAUUGACAGUCGAGGAAGUCGAGGUGAUGAUUUGGGCGCGAGGUGCUACAACCCGAGUAGUACGUAGUGCUGACUAGUUAUGAGCUCUGAGGAACUGAACUCUUCUCUUUCUGACGACGUGGACGAACUGCGUUGUUCCCAAGUGGUGGGCACCCUUUGCUUUUCGGACGCUGCAGAUGAUGAUACAGGGGAGUGUUUCGUCUCGUCAUCAUCGAGAACCAUUCGGUCGUGGUCAAAGACUUCACAGCCAAACACCCUGAUGGCCUCGGCAGGUGAUCCUCCAUCCAGAGUAGGACCUCAGCAGGUUGUCUUUGAGAUUGUGUCAGCCAAAACAGUCGUUGAAGGACGUAAGAAGUUUGUGUGCUACACCGUGCUUGUGAAAAAGAGUCCCGGACUGGAGCGACUCCCAGGGGUCUUGGAGCGUCGCUACUCCGAUUUCUCUGCCCUUUUUGCGGGUCUGCGUCGCCGUCACCCAUCAUGCGUGGCACUGCGUGACUUCCCUUUCCCACGCAAAGCCCUGCUGGGAAACUUCACCAGUGAGGUGAUAACUGAACGUAGUCUGGCCUUUCGCCACCUGCUGUCUCGUGUUCAUGCCUCGCCAGAGCUGCGCCGAUCACCAGAGUUUGCAGAAUUCACAUGGCGCCGGGAGGUGUGCCGUGCUCACCGGCUGAUGACUGCUGGCCAGUUUGAAGAUGCCUCUGUCCUGCUUGAAAAUGCUUACUCAGUACAAGAGAAAGUUCUUGGAGAUGGUGACCCGGACACAUUUACCACCCUGGCGGUGCUGACGGCUUGCCUGAACGCAGUGGACAAUGUGGCUGAGGCACAAAAAUAUGCUGAGCUGGCCCUAUCCAAGCGGCUGCCUGGCAGCUCUGCAUCAAAUCCCAGCGACCUAGAGGUGCCCUUACUGGUUCUGGCAAUCCGGCUGUGGUGGGCGGUGGGAAAGGAGAAACGAGAGCUGGAGGAGCGGCUGCGCCAGGUGAAGGACACGGGAAUCAAUGUGGAUGCUCUGCCAACACUGCUUGAGCUGGUACUCAAGAAGGACAGUGCUACCUUGUAUUCAUCCUAACAUUAUAGACUCGAACACGUGCUCCUCACCGGGUGCGUUUCACGGCACACUGUGUGGCUGCUUACCUUUGGGAUAUUGCAGCUCUUCUUUUCUUGCUGUGGACGAGGUCUGGAAUUCAUUUUCCAUGCACAAAAGGUUUUGAUGACAAUACUACAGUCUUUGCAGGCCAAGUAGGUGCAUCUGUACAUCACUUCAUGGGACUUCUGUGACCUGGAAUCUUAAGUCUUUGAGAGUAGGCAGGUUUUGGAACAUUUAAGUCUUUGAGUUUGCAGGAGUUUGCAAGAAUCAUCUGCACUUACAUCUUUUGUGCAAUUUAAAAUGUGAGGUGUGAAUUGAGCAAGGGUUUGUGUAGUUUUUAUUAUCGCUGAGUUUUCUUUAUUUCUUUUUUUUUUCCUUAAAUAUUCCAGCUACAUUUCUCACCAUUGCCUUAAGAGGAUUCUGCAACAACUUUUUUUUUUUUCUGCUUGCUGCUCUUUCCUCACUUUGUCAUGGCAGGUGUGCACAUAGUUGUGCUUGUUGCAGCACAUGAUGUGCCCAUUGUACCCAACAUGUCAUGCUUAACUGUGCUGCCCUUUUUGCUCGGCCAUUCAAAGAUACCUUCCUGUGGCUUCACCAUGGUGGUGAAAGACUAAAUCACGGGAAAAGGUGAAUGGAAUUGUUGUAGAGCACCACUUAGAGCACAAAAUAUUGUUUGCAAGAAGAAUUUGGCACACUAAGCAAGGCUUUGGUUGGGUAAAUGGGAGGCAGAGCAGAUAUGUGUUUAUGAUUCACUGUUGUCCACCUAACCUUCCAUGUGUGGGAGGUAAUGGCACCUUUAUUAAACUCUUAAAUACACAUUGCAUGCUUUAUCUUAUCGACCAUCUUGAAAUUGCUCCUGCUAGUAUUUUCUGAUGGCCAUUUCAUGAUGAAAUUAAGGUGUUUUACAGUGUUUUCAAGCUUGUAUCAAAUGCAAGUUAAUACCCUACAUUUUAGACUUAUACACGAUGCAUGUUAAAAAGAUGUUAAAUUUAAAAAUGGAAAUGUGCUUCCUGUUGAAACAAGGCUUUUCAGAACAAUCAGUUGUUAGCAUUAUAUGCUGCAAUGAAGAAGCUGCAAUGCUGUACACCUUACUUUAUGACUUCCAAACUUGACGAAUGGUGUUUUGGUUGGCGCUUGCAUGCACAGAAGAAAAAAACAUAAAAUGAUAUCCUGCAAGUAUGUUUGUUUAGUGUAAUGACAACGAAGUAAAUUCAAAUUUUUUCGAGGUAGUGAUUUUGCAUACUGUGACUGUGGUAUGCAGUUUCACUGCUGAAUAGGAAAUGUAGUUUUAGCAUACUGAUUGCCCAAUUAUUCAGGACCUGUUAUGAAGCAUUGACACGGGAUCACUACAAUGUUAUGCAUUCUUUUCAGUAGUGUAUAUAGCAACAGUAAGGUCCAUUUGACAGUUUUGUGCCUCUAGUUUUGGCACUUGCACCUUCCUUCUUAAAUAUACGUUUCGCUAAAUCACAUAUGUGUAGUAAGUUCAUCUUUGACCAGAGUGCCGAACUACCUUGUUUUUAUCUAGUUCAACAUAUAGCUCAGGCCAAUAAAUUAUUGAGUUCUACAUUUCUCAUUUGAAGAACAAAUCCAGGCGUCCUAUUCUUGCAUGUUUUAUGUCUGCAUUAUUUAUAUAUUAUGUAAUGUCAACAAAUGAGAAUUGUUCAGAGUUUGAGCAUUUAUAAGAUGAAAACCCUGGCAUUGUGCAAUAUAGUU